ACCCUAGCCAGCUGAUUGCCUAGGUGUCAUGGCUGCCACACACGUCACCUUCCGCUGGCUCGACAUACUAGAGAAGGAAUUCGACAAGGCUUUCGUCGACCUUGACAUAUUGAUAGGUGAGGUUGACCACUAUGAUGUAGAGGAGCAGGACUUUCAGAGCCAGGCGCGGUCUAGGCUUGAGGCACUGUCAUCAUGCUUUGCCCAGCUGACACACAAGGCCCAGACCAUCUUCCAGGCCAAUGCCAAGCUGGAGGCAGAGCUGGUCCACCUACGGCAUGAAUGUGCGGAGGGUCGUGCCUUCCGCCAGGUGUGUGAGGCGGAAAACAAAGAGCUGCUGAUGAAGCUCCACUCAAGUCAGCUCAAGCUUCACUCUACUGGUGGCUCCUCCCACAUACAGGACUCAGAGAAGAUCAGGGAAAGACUGGACAAUUUUGAGAAGGAUUUGGAAGAGCAGCGAUCAGAGAAUCUCAAGAUCCACAUUGGCACACAUGAGGCAAACAUUCUGAGGCGAGAGAAUGACUCCCUGCGCCGCUUCAUCCUCAGCCUGCAGGGAGAACUGUAUGGGGCUAAGCUGGCGGCCAAGUACCUCGACAAAGAGCUAGCCGGCAGAAUACAACAAAUUCAACUACUUGGGAGGGACUUGAGGGGAGAAGAGCAUGACAAGCUGUGGCGACAACUAGAGGCUGAAAUCCACCUUCAUCGCCACAAGACAGUGGUUCGUGCCUGCAGGAGUCGCCUCACCCAUCCCUCACAGCAGGUUCCCAGUGUACCUGAGGAGGAGAGGUGCGGCGUGGCAGUGGCUAAUGGCAUCGGCAUGUCACAACCCACUAAGCAGCAGCAGCGGAGGAUUGUCACCCUGCACAAAGCUCCACAUGAGGGCCUGGGAAUGUCCAUCACUGGUGGGAGGGAGCACGGCGUUCCAGUCCUUAUCUCCGUCAUCCACCCUGACACCCCUGCCGGCCGUGCAGGUCACCUCUAUGUGGGAGACGCAAUCCUCUCGGUGAAUGAGAUAUCCCUGAAGGAGGUGAGCCACAGUGAUGCAGUGCGGGUGUUGUCGGAGCAGGAGGGCACCGUGAGGCUGGAAGUGGUCUAUGUGUCCCCAGAGGAUGAGGAUGACGAGGCUUCCCUCAUGGACGACCCCUACGGCUUCAAGUACAAGAUCUUUGACGAGGACGUGGUGAGCCUGAGCAGCAGCCAGCUCAUGCCCAACGGACGCCUCUCUCGUGCAUCUGUGGAGAGCAUCCGGGGCUCCACAGACAACAUGCUCCUCGACUCACCAAGGAGGCAGACAGACCUGGUAGGCGGCAGCAUCGGGGUGCUGGAUGAGGUGGCAGAGGAGGUGCAGGGCGCCCACAGCACUAACGGGGUCACUUCCACCACUAAUGGCAUGGAUGACCUGAUGGCUAGUGGCGGCACCAUGGACGAUGCAGCAUCACAUGAGAGCCUGAAUGGAGCGGCUGCCCACCUGGUGUUCCACAGCGAUGCCACUGUUAGUGAGGAUGAAGGUGUAUGCGUCACAGGGGACCAGCUGCAAUCCACUGCUGUCAUGGACUCCACCACCACCACCCCCAACACCACCACCACCACCAUCACCACCACUAAUGCUGAUGUGGGGGUGGCGUCCUUCCCUGCUGCAAGAGGGGAGGGUGACGGGGCUGGGGAGGAGCAGCCAGGGAUGAGGGACCAGCUGAUCCUGAAGCCACAGGACCUUGCAGACCUGAGCUUCAAGGACACACAGGACUCCAUCACAGAAUCCUCACUCAGUUCCCCCUCAAUGGAAGAAAAUGAGGAGGCUCUCCCGACAGGCUGCGUCUCUCCACUAGAAGAUAUUGAACAGAAACUCAGUCUAAAUUUCACCAUUGAGGAAGAAUCCCAAGCAGAGGAAGCACCUGAAGCAACACAGAGCAGAACGCCGGUGUUCAAUGGGAGCUAUUGAUGGUACACAAUGUUGUCCCUUCCACAGGCACCGGCACACACUUAGCUUAGUACAGUACUGCACUGUAGUGCUUGUGAGGAAACAACGUCACUCCAUAGUAAGUAAGCUGUGUGGUGAGCCAAAAGUUUUAUCUUCACCCUGGGGUUUGCCAAAGAUCAGAUGACUUGCCACAUAUUUAUCCAUGAAAUGUAAGGUUUUCUGGGAUAAGAGCAAGGCAAAUGUUGUUCCUUGUAUUUGUUAGAGAAAUAUAAGAUUCUCUGGACAAAUUCUCCAAUUUGUCUAUGAAAUAUAAGGUUCUCUGGGCAAGGAAUAAGAUGAAUGUUGUUUGUUGUAUGUAUGAGUUAGAUACAUCACAAUAUGGAUCACAGAAUCAGAUUAAGCACAUACAAUAAGAUACAAGAUCCAUCAAAUCUACAAGGAUGAAGAUAUUCCUUUUAUUGUACAAAAAUGGGUCCAGUUCUUACCUUUUCCAGUGAGGCACACAGGGUGGUUUUGUAGCCUCUGUCUGCCUGUGUGGUGGUGUUUGUGUGGCGGAUGGUGGGGUGUCCUAAGCAGGUGUGGGCUAGGCAAGAUUUGGUGCAUAGCCAAAAUAUUUCUUCUCUUCAUGAAAUAUACACAUAAGGACUGAGUGAGUGUGUAUGCUAGAGAAAGAGAGUUUGAGAGAGAAAUUAUUUUCUUCAGACUCAACUAUUUUCACUGGUGUGAGUAGAAUGCAUGACAACUCUGUAAUUAUGAAGCUAAGGACGAGACUUGCCCUUUCCGUCAUUUUAUCGCAAACAGUGGAAUGAGUAUGUUUUUCCAUCCCUCUGACUAUAAGAGUUUAUUUGCCUAGCUGUUGUUGCUUCAGAUCUGUUGUCAUGUCAUAGCUCUUUGCUGAUCAUUCCUAUGAUGCCUGUGGUGACAUGAACAGACACAUGAAUAGUGAAGUGCUUGAAGCCCCUUGCUGUUCGCUGUGCUACUUGUAUCAUUACAGAAUCAUUAUAUUUAACAUACUUCACAUCUCUUUCAUUGGAGCAGAGAAUGAAAGUGGCCAUAUACAACAGUGUUCACUAUGAGAUAUGCUAAUAUAAUCUUUACUUAAGUAACUAGAUAUAUCUGAAUGGCUUAUACAAAUAUGUGUAUAUUCUGGCACUGCUAUCUCUUGGUGGCUUAAUGUUUCCAGCGGUCUAAUCAAAUACACAGGUGGAUAGCAUCUGGAAAUAAGUACAAGGUAUUUUAUUUCACUGGUUCAUAAGUUCAUAAAAGGUGUCAGGUUGCAACAAAGAUGUUUAUUUGCAUUAAUGCAUUUUCUUGGCUCAAAAUCGGCAUUUUUAACCAUAGAUAUCUUCACUUGUGGAUCAUGGCGUAGGGAAUUUGAUCCUCAAUGUGAAGUCCAUAAUUUAUUGGAUGUGAAAUCUGGUGCUUGUUGGAGGCCAUUUAUUGCGUUACCUGCCGUGGUUAUUAGUAAGCACUACCGUUUGUUUAUCUGCUGCUUAUGAGACACAACCUUGCUAUUGUGGUGUUGCAUGUUGCUUCACGAGUGCUGGUGUUUGUUCCUUCACCGUCGCUUCAAGGUUUGGUGUAACUGUUGGACUUCUGAUUAUUGCUGUCGUGAAUUUGUCAACCUCGUUACCAUAGUUUGUCCAGAUGAUGCAAGUGAAUGACCUCCUCUUCCUUCUUUUGUGUUAUCUCUUUCCUUUCAAUCUCUCUGUCUCCUUUGCCAAUUAGAUUACUAACUACUUCCACUAUUUUCUCUUUAUCUAGUGGUUCUGUCUUAAAUAUCACCAGCUCAUAAAAUUAUGAGUUCUGAUUCUUUUCCUCUUGUAAUUUUGAUUGGAUAUAUUAUCCAUUUUCUGUAUAUCUCUCUGGUGUGUUGCUUCAUUCAUGAGUGCACCAGAGGUGGCUGCAGUAGUAGAGCCUCCACCUCUCCCACUCCAAACUCCAUUCUGUGCUUGUUCAGCCCUUUAACCCUUUUAUAGCUGUGGUCGUCCUUUGUUACCAUUCAGAGCAUUGUAAAGAAAUAGAGAAUAGGAGACUAAUUUUGUCUUUUCUAGGCUACAGAACUACUUCAGAGACUGUAGUACAAAGUAAGUGUCAAAAAAAGUUGUAAGUGAUAAUGAGAAAGAAUGUGUAGCAGUGAAAGGGUUAAUUAAGCUUAAUGAUUAAAUGAGUCCAUCAACUCUUCUUUUGAACUUGUGAUGCAUGCUUUGGGUUAGUGAAUGACUAAGCUGCUCCAUUCCCUACAAUGCUACUGCUGCUGUUGGCUAUUUUUGGAAGGACACACAUGUGUUAACCAGUGUGUGCUAACCAGAUGUAACAGUGCAGGGUUCACCAGUGCAUGCUAAUUGCAGCUUAUUGUUAAGAUUUUUCUGGGGAGCCUUGCCACUUCAAGGUUCACCCUGCCACUAGUGGGUCCUGGUCAGCAAUGACUGAGUAUGUUAAAGACAGCAGAGAAGGAAACUGGCUACUCUGCUCAGUGCUAUGUGGCAGGAUCAGCCCAUCACUUGUGCACCUUGAGUGUGGCAUGCUUUUAUCUUACCUAACCCAACAUAUGUGUCUGAAUGGUGGCUGGUGUGUGGAAGGGAGCAGGGCUUAUAUGUCAAGUUAAUCUGAAUGAACUAUGUGUAAUCAAGAAUCCAUGGUGCUGGCAACAAGGGCCAAUCUUUGCCUUCGUUGGUUCCUUCGUUUCACUACGGCUUGCAGUCGAUGGUGGCAGCAAAUGAAUGUAGAUAAAUAUAUUUUUGGCAGUAUGGAAGAUUUAUCCCUAAGAUUGAGAUUCACAAUAACAACGAAGGCUGAGAGAGUUGGAGGUGCGAUGACUGCAUACGCUGGUGUGAUAUUGGUGUUGGUGCGCCGGGAUGACGACCCACAGGUGCAUAGUGACAAAGUUAUUUAUUAUUCCAGGAGAGAAUUAGGAUAUUGAUAAGUGUUGUUUGUUGAUUUAUACUUAAUUACCAAGGUAUUUAUGUUUUAUAUUUAUAUAUUACUCGGUAUUUGCAGAAAUGUCUUCAGACAUGAUUGCAACUUAUCAAAAUGUGUGUUCAGGCAAAUUCAUGUUUGUCUGAAAAAGCAUUUAUGUUUUACAAGAGUACUGUUGAGCUUAAAGCUUCAGUGAAUAGUAAUCAGCAGCUUUGUUGUGUAGUUAUUCAAGUAUUUGUGAUCAAUUGUACCAUAUAUUAUUGGCACAAUUUUCCUUGGCAUGAAUCAGUGUGGGGAAGCAGGAGCCACAGAGCAUUGCUUAGACCAGCUCUGCAGCAAACAUGAUCAUAAGGUUUCCUUGUCAAAUCACAAGGAUUGCUAUAAAUGUCUACUUUAAUGCUUUUUAAGCUUCCUUUAAGGUUGAUAAAAAUAUAUUUACUUUUUGUGCCCUCCAUUCUUGUAAUUUUUCAUCAACACUCUUAACCCUUUUUUUCAGGUAACAACAAUAUAAUGUGUUAAUUUGAGUAACUCUUCAUGAUGUUACUGAAGAAAAGUAAAGCUGCCACUGGAAGGUUUGAAUCAUCUGUCACUCCUUGUAGUGUCAGGGGCUUCCUUCAAGGUGAUGCUCUUUACUUAAACAAGACUAUUUUUAUUUAACUUUAGGGGAAGCCAUACCUGUCAAAGGGUUCAAAGUAAUCAAUACUCUCUCCUCUUAUCUUAUACGGGUCUCACUGUCACACCUGCACCUCUUCCUCCUCCUGUCACUUAACAUUUGGUGUAUGUUUGACCAUGUCUUAUAAAUCUGAGGCUCUCUUGUGACUGGAGCAUCAUAGGAUUUAUACCAAAAAUUGUAAUCGGUAUUGUUUGUUGAUUUUGGGUGGUCCGUGGUUCCUGCUUCACUGUGCCUCACAUAAAACUAAAUUUUUUGAUGACUGCACAAAUUUGAAUGUAAAAUUUGUUGUUUCUUGUGUGAAUUCAGUUAUGAGUGUUACUGUUAUAAUAGAGGAAGCAGUAGGAGGUACAACUUUACUUACUGUUAUGAUUUGGAAUUCUAAAAAGUUAUAUUAGUACAGUAUUAUUUGAUUUAUGACAUUCGGUUAAGGUUCAGCUUUGUGUUAUUAAUGCAUAUUGUUGGUAAAAUAUUUAAACAUGUUAGAAUAUAUAUAUUGUGGAUCGUGGAAGCCAAAGAAAAGAUGACUGCAUUUAUCAUAAAUAUUUUGAUCUGUU